UUGCGGACCAGCUGAGUAAAACCCCCCAAACGAAACUCUCUUUUACACACAGACCCAUGGAGGGGGAGCAGGACAUUUGAGUGACCAUGUCAGGUUUGGAACACACCACAUCCCAUCCACUAAGAGCCAAGUGCCUAUGAAUACUCGAAACACAACAACAAAAAACUCCCGGGCGUUCCAUGUAAAAAAAACUAAAACAAAACACUGAGCCAACAGCCCAAAGGUUUCCAGCGAAAUACAUGCGGUUCCUCAGCGCCCAGGAGAGCCCGAGGCGAGGACCUUCUUUCUCUCCCUCUCUCUCUCGCUAGUUCCUGCGCGGACGCCUGUUUCCGCGCCCUCCAGUGCGCUUCCACGCGGCGUCGAAGGAGUCGAGGUCGGCCAGGCACGGCGCGUCCUCUCCCCGGCGACAGCGACAGCGGCGUCAGUCGGGACUCGCUCGCGCUCUCCGAGUGACCGACUGAGGAGACCUUCGGGACUAACUGUUAUUCUCUCUCCCUCUCUGUCUCCCUUUUACCUCCAUCUCUCUUGCUCCCGUUCGCGCGCACGCACCGAGCCGAGGCUCGACAGCGCCUGGAGGCGGCAUUUUCACACAAAGCAUCCCUCAGAGGGCCUCUUGCCUGGGCUCUCGACGUGGCCCUCCCUCAGCCCCGUCGAGCGGAGGACCCUUCUCGCGCGGCGUCCCCGAGCGAGCGCCCGACGCUAGCGGAGGUGCCAGCCGAGCGGAGCCGCCCGCGAGCGCCCGUCGGGCCCCACUCGGCCUCCUAUCUCCCUUCGCGUCGACGCCCCGGGGUUCAUCUCCGCGUCGGACGGACGUCGCCUGCAGGAGCGCAUUAUGGUAAAGGACUUCCGCGUCCUUGAGUGCUUGGCCGUGCCCUCGUCGUAGGAGGAUACGCGCGCGAAGGAAGUCCUUUUAGUGCGGCUACAGUGUUGAUCAAUUGAACAGUGUGAGAGACCUUCCCGGCGCGGUGUCCUGUGCUAUAAACUGUUCAGGAGACCUUUGCUGAACUACAGUGUGAAGACAAGAAAUUGAAAUUAGAAAAGGAGGAAAGUCCUUAACGAUUUUAAAACAAUUCUUGCAUGUGCGGAAGGAACGGGAUCCGGAAAAGAAAAACUCGAAUAUCACAUUUAGAACAAAUAAACAAACCAAAAAGAGAACAUCCCCUUCAGCGCAGUCAUGCACUCAGGAGUCGCAUGACCAGCAAACGAGAAAGAGAGCAAAAGACAAAAGAAUAAAAGAAAAAGGAAAUAAAAAGAAAAGGAAAGGCAAUAAUAAAGAAGAUAAAGAAGAGGACACGGCGUUUCCCAGUUACUCACAGUCCUCACCGUCGCCUUUGACACCGUCCCAAUGCAUGAUAUUAUCAAGAUGUGCAGCUUCGAGGGCACCAAGUCCACCAAGGGCGCCUCCAAGAUGCGCCGCGACCUCCUUAACUCGGAGAUCAGUCAGCUGCGGGACCUCCUGCCGCUGCCGGCGUCCACGCGCCAGAGGCUGUCGCAGCUGCAGCUCAUGGCCCUCGUCUGCGUCUACGUCAGGAAGAGCAACUACUUCCAGCAAGAUUUCUCCCUCUUCUCUCCCUCAGCCAUGAAGCACACGCCCGCCAGCCGAGCGGAGGCGCCCAAUCUGGAGUUCCUGAAGGCUCUCAGCGGUUUCCUCAUGAUGCUGACCCAGGGAGGAAAGCUGCUCUACAUCUCCGACAACGCUGCUGAGUACCUCGGACACUCCAUGGAGGACCUCCUGAUCCACGGCGACAGCGUCUACGACAUCAUCGACAAGCAGGACCACGCGGCCGUGCAGGCGGAGCUGGUGCGGGGCGCGCAGACGGCCGCCGCCGCCCACGAGGAGGACCGCCUCUUCCUCUGCAGGAUGAACGUGUCCAGGAACGCCCGCAGGCAAAUGAGGUUCGGGGACCAGAAGGUAGUCCUGGUGGCGGGGCACUACCUGUCGUACCUGCCGCUGUGCUCGAGGAACGAGCCCGUGUUCCUGGCCCACUGCACGCCCGUCGCCAUGCCCGAGACCCGCGAGAGCGUCGUCCAGGGCGCCACCAACGUCUUCACCUCCGUCCACACCCUCGACAUGAAGUUCAUCAACCUCGAUAAGAACGGCGAGUUCUACCUGGGCUACAACCGCUCCUCGCUGGCCGGCGUGUCGUGGUACCACCUGAUCCACCCCGAGAACAUGCGGGAGGCGCAGACCAAGCACAGGCUCAUCACGACGAGCGAGCAGGACCGGUCGUGCAUCGUCUUGCUGCGGCUGCAGGCGGCGGGCGGCACGUGGCGCUGGGUGCACUGCGUCCUGCAGCUCAAGGACGGCGGCGAGACGGGCCAGACGCCCCCCCAGGCCUCCCCACAGGGCGCUCAGCAGGUCGCUGCCCUCAGCCCCUCGGGGGGCAGCAGCAGCAGUAGCAGCAGCAGCAGCAACGGAGGCAACAGCGGCGGCGGCAGCAGCGGCGGCGGCGGCGGCCAGAGCCAGCAGCCGGUGAUCGUGGCGACGAACCAGGUCCUGGGCGAGAAGGAGGCGGCCGUCCUGCGCGCCAACUCGUGGCUCUACCACUACUACACGAUGCAGUCCAAGCUGCAGUACGGCCUCGCCUACGACACGCACGCGCACCGCGUCCACGCCUACUACCCGCAGGUCAUGACCUAUCAGACGGACCCCGCGGCGUCCUACAUGAACCCUCCGGCGCUCAACGGCGGCCACUACCACCAGUCCUACGCCGCGCCCGCCGCCCACUCGCCCUACUCGCUGGCCUCGCCCUCCGCCUACGCCCACCUGCAGCACUACCACCACCACUACUCCGUCCGCCUGCAGCACGGCCUCGACUACUCGCGCGACCCCGCCUGGGGAUACUACGACGCCGCGCCCGCGUCCUCCGCCCUCACCUCCGCCUCCGCACACGCCGGCGCCGCUCCGCCCGCGCGCAGCGGCCGCGCGUCCGAGUCGCCGUCGGAGACGAGGCGCAAGUCGCCGGCGGCGCCCGCGGCUCACGGCAGCGUGGCCGAGGGCGGCGGCGUGGCGGUGGCGACGCCCGUGGCGGUGCGGGCGGCCCCCGCCGGCGUGCACAAGGGCGCCUCGUCGCCCGAGCUGGACCAGCUGGAGGCGCCAUGGAAGGCGUCGCCGACGCAGGAGGUCCCCGACUACCCCGAGUACUCGCCCUACAUCACGCCGCCCUACUCGGCGGCCACGCCCACCAAGCACCACGUCUUCUCCUUCGACCACGGCGACCCGAGGGACGCCCACGCCCACCAGGACCAGCACGUGCCCUCGGGCCCGCCCGACCCACGCGACGCCCCCUGGUACUCGCACGCCUUCGUCAGAUAAUGCCAGAAGCUCGGCAGCAGGACUCACGCCUCCUCACACUGACGUGUUCUGUAGGUCCCUCCUAGUCUGUGCUAGUCCUCCCUCGCUCUGACACUUCGCCCGUCCGGUUGGGCCUUCGCCUGCUUCUGGUUUCCUUCGAGAUCCUGGGGUUUAAAGAAAGAGAAAACAAAGAAAGAAAAAAGAAAGGAAGAAAAUGAAGAUGUAAGAAAGAAAGGAAGAAAGAAAGAAGAAGAGGAAGAUGAAGAAAAAGUAAAGGAGAUGACGAGGAGGAUA